CAAUAGCAAACAUCGAGCGAUGGUGACCUGGGGGCAAGUCGCAGUCACGCUCAUCGCCGGCAGCUACCUCAUCGGACGCAAGGAGCUGCCGCUUGCCGCCAAGUCUUGUGGCCGCUACGUUGGUCGCUCGAUCGGCGCCGUGCUUCGCGCCAAGAACGAGUACUUUGAAGCGACCAAGGACAGCGAGAUCGUCAAGAUGCAAACUGAGCUGCAAAAAGGCCUCGACGAGCUCAACCAGAUCCGAUCCGAGCUCACCAACAUCAGCAGCAUGAAGCGGCCGCUGCGCCCCGUGGGCACGGCGCCCUCGGCGGGUCCUUCAGCGCCGACGGUGGCAGCCUCGACGGCGUUUGCCGCAGCGCCGAUGGCAACGACGGCUUUGCGCCAAUCCUCCAUCAACAACGUAUUAGCAAGCGUCGAUCACACGGAGCGGGCGUACGAAGACGUGCUCGAGCACGCAGAAGAUCCCGACCAGGCGCGCCUCGCGCUCGCCGAGCUCAACAUGACCAAGCAAAACCAGUUUACGGCCCAUAUCGAAAGCAUCGAAGGCGGCGCCGACUAUGUCUCGUCCAGCCUCAUGGACAGCAUCUUGCUCAAGCGGGUGGCGUCGCCGCCGCCAACCAGCAGUAGUACGCCUUAA